AUGCUUUCGUCGACAAAACAACAAGGUUCAGCAUCAUUACGAGAAGAAAAUAACGAGGACGAACAUUUGAAAGUUUAUUUGAACGUUUAUGAUUUACAAAAGAGUACCAACGUGAUCCAGCAUUCUCUCGGAUUGGGUUCCUAUCACAGCGGAGUGCAGAUCAGAAAUACCGAAUACACUUUUUCAGCUGACUCUGGUGUAUUCAGCCACAAACCAAGGGACAUUCCGGCUACAUUUUUAGAGUCAAUUUAUAUGGGAAAAACAGAUGUGGAAUCUCUGACAGAAUUGAAUGAAAUCAUCAAUGAAUUGAAGAAAGAAUUUAAACCUUCGGAAUACCAUCCGUUGAGGAAAAACUGUAAUCAUUUUUCGAAUGCGCUGUGCCAAAGAUUAUUGGACGGGAAAACAAUUCCUGGAUGGGUAAACAGAUCUGCUGGUAUUGGUUCAUUCUUCUCUCGUUUCUUGCCUAAGUCUACCGAGAAAAAUUUAAUUGAAAGCACGGAAGCAAAGCAGAUCAUGGAUUCUGUAAAAAUGGAAAAAUAUGAAAAUGAAAACAUUUACACAAGCUUGAAUAAUGUUGUAAAUAUGAGUGCUAUUGAAUGUUUAAAUCAAAAGAAACCUAACAUUGUACAAAACAUCUUCGACCCUAACGAUAAGAAAUAUUUAGAGAGUGAUACUGAUGAACAACUAAUCAUUAGAAUUCCAUUCAAAACUCCUGUAAAUAUAACAGCAAUUAUUUUAAAGGCCGAUAACAAGCUCAAAUGUCCGAGAGAGAUCUUACUAUUUUCCAAGACUGGCUUGAUUGUAGAUUUUGAUAAUGCUGAAAGUGUUGAUCCAACUCAGAUUAUUGAAAUUGAUCCUGAUGCUGCACUCAAAGGUGUUGCAAUUCCUCUAAAAAUUGUGAAAUUCAAGAAUGUAAACAUGUUGCAACUAUUCGUGAGCAAUAAUUAUGGAGACACUUCAACCAUAAUUAAUCAUUUGAAUAUUAUUGGGAAGCCAGUGGCCACAGUGGACUUGAAUAAGCUACAACAAAACACACCUGGCUGCACUUCUUGUAGUUCUGGAGGUGGAUGUUGUAAUUAA